AUGCCGACCACGGCGGCCUCGCCGCCCAAGGUCGUUGCUGUCGAUGUCGACGACACUGAUCCCUUCGUGUCUCCCGCUGCCUCCAACACCUCCGACUCGCGGCGCAGAUAUGCCGGCUUCGACAACCAGCUGUUCUCCAUAUAUGCCGAGGGCUCCCCCUCGGCCGCAAAGCGCGCUCUAGAGGCACACUUGGCAGAGACGGAGCGCAGGCUCCAGGAGGCGUCGCAACUGGGAACCAUCCUGGUGCAGCAGCGCAAGGAGCUGAGCGACCGUCUCAAAGAUAUCGCCCAGCAGCAAGAUGCAACGGAAAUCGGGCCCGAUCUGCGCGCCAAACUCGUCGAGCUGGAGCGCGAGUUCAACGAGGUUGGCAAAGACACGGCGCGCGCCUUCAUCCCCAAGACACGGGUGCCCAGCUACCACCAGUCCCUGGACGCCGACGGUAACUCCAUUUUCUCGAGCGAAGCCCAGAACUCACCCUCCAAGAUCAGUGUGCCUUCGUCUAGAAAACAACGGAACCAGCAACCGAACCGCAUCCAUGAUAUCAAACUUGCUACCGAGAUCAGCAGCUCUCUGCUCAACCAAGUCAGAGAGCUGCAGGCCGCCUUGGCUGAGAAGGACGAGCAGCUCAAGAUGAUCAGUAACGAGCGCUCCCGCCUGGAAGUCGAGGUCGAGGGUCUGACACAACGGUUGCGCGUUUUGGACGAAAGCGAGCAGCGCUUCAAAGAUGAAAACUGGAGCCUCGAAACGCGAAUCCAAGAGCUCACUGCCCAGCAAAAGGAGGCCGCAGACAAGGAGCACCGCCUGAACCAGAACCUGACAACUGUGAACUCGGAGAAGAGCUCGGUCGAGCGUGAACUCGAAGAUCUGAAGCAAGCGCAUGGCAAACUGCACGAUGACUACCAGGCUGCUCACCGACAGCACGAGGCCGAGAUCAUGGGGCUGCGGCGGAACGUCACCACGGGUGAGGCCGAGAGGAGUGCUCUUCAGCGCAAGAUCGAAGAUCUGCUGUCGCAGAAUGAAGAACUCGCUCGCGCCGUUGCCUACCACCGCAGGCUCGAAGAAUCCGGAUCUGGAAGAAACUCGAACGAAGAGGGCGACGGCCAUGAUUCCGACCAGAGCACCCCUGACCAUUCGCCGCCUCCAUCGCCGAGCAAAUUCACCCCUCGCCACAGCCAGCUUGAGACCGAAACCUUGAAGAGCUCUCUGCAGCAUGCCCACCGUAUGAUCCAAAACCUCAAGAACAAUAUUCACCGUGAAAAGACCGAGAAGAUGGAACUCCGGAGAUUGCUGCAGGAAGCCAAAGACGAGCUGGAUAUCGCCCGGCGUGAAGCCGCCAGCGGCGUUGGCGCUUCCGUGAAGAAGCGGAGACCGAACGAAAAGCAAGACCUGUUCAAGAAACCACCGCGUCCGGAUAGAUUGGGCAUGGCAAGAGGCUCCAGGGAUGAAAUCAUCGUCGACGACGGCGACUGGGAGGAUAACGACGAGCACGACGUUCCUGAAACACCAAGCAGGAGGCCGAAGCCCACCAUUGGUGGCGUUGGCCUCAGCCCCUUCAGCCGUCGUGUGACGUCUGCGUCUUUCAACUCGAGCAAUAAUGGUUUCCAGACUGCCACCGAAAGCUCCGACGCUUUUGAAACGGCCAACGAGCCCGAUACUGCCACGGAAACUGAGGCGUUCCAGACAGGUGUUGAGACCAUGGCUGGUUCUAGCACUGAGGAGGACACUGAAACAGAAAUGGGCUCUACCCGGGGCCCGCUUCGCAGCCGCCGCUACUCGCAUCUGAGCCAGACGCACGACAAUUCCUACCUCAGCACUGCAUCCACGUCUGGCGAUGAGAUCGAGAUCGACAGCGAGGUUGAUAUCAGAACUCCUCAGAGGACUGAGCAGCCGCGCUACCGCCUCAAGGUGCCUCGUGGCGCCCGCCGUUCUGCACGCUACUCGAAUGAGGCGCUCAACGGAAACACAUCUGAUGUUACGAAGUCGCCCUCUGCAAGUUUCAUGAGCGAUGGCAGCCAAGCCGAACCUGACGGUGGAAAGAGCCUGCUGGCUGAACUUGGAAGCUUUAGCGAGCGUGAUAGCGACAUGGACCCUGAGAGCGAGCCUGGCACCCCUGGCCGUCAUUCCAUCAUCUCGCCUCAGGACUCUCCUGAGCAGCUUCGCAAGACAAUCGCCGAUCGUGUCCUGAUUCGCAAGGCAUCGUUGGCCAGGGCGCCUAUGGUCGACUCGUCUACGAACACAGAGCCUUGGAGCCCUUCCCACCGCACCGUCUCAAGCACUACCGCGGCUCUCGGUGCUGCAAUUGCCGGAGGACUUGGAUUUGGUCUGGGCAAGGAGCAGGAUGCAUCGCCGACCAGUCACAGAGAAUCCACGCCCGAGUUGGCCCCGUCGGCGCUUGAGGAGCCGAGCCUCGAUUCUCCGGCAUCGACUGCGCCAUCGACAGGAACUGUUUUGGCACAGACUGAUGCGGCAUCCGUCCCGGCCAACCUCGGCCUCUCAGAGGUCAACUCGCAGCAGGUCGAGCCUCUCGAGCCUCAAAGCCAGCCGGUCGCCCCGCCAAACCUCCAGGUCUCCUCCAUCUCUUCGCUUACAUCGGAGCCUGUGGAGCCUGCUGCUCCGGAGGCACCAAAGCUUGCAUUCUCUUCUCUCGCAUCCUUGCAUUCUGAGCCGGUCGAGCCUGCGGCUCCACCUGCGCCAAAGCUUGCUCUUUCGUCUGUUGCUUCCCUGCAUUCCGAGCCGAUCGAGCCCGAGGCACCAGUCGUGCCUGCUCUUGCUAUUUCUUCCGUUUCGUCUUUGCACUCGGAGGAGCCUAUUGAACCUGAGGCGCCAGUCGCACCGAAGCUUGGACUGUCCUCCGUCUCCGCCCUGCACUCGGAGGAGCCUAUUGAACCGGAGACGCCAGUCGCACCGAAGCUUGGAUUGUCCUCCGUCUCUGCCUUGCACUCGGAGCCCAUCGAGCCUGAGAAGCCUGCAGCUCCCAAGCUUGGACUGUCGUCCGUCUCUGCCCUGCACUCGGAGCCUGUCGAGCUCGAGACUCCUUCUCCACGCAAGGCUGCACCAGCGCCUCUUGACUUCACUCCUAUCUCCUCUCUCCACUCCGAGCCUGUGGAAUCGGAGCCUCCGGCGACAGCUGUGCGUGCUCCGGUGGAGCUCUCGCAAUUCUCCUCCAUCCUCUCCCUUCAAUCAGAGCCCGUUGAGGCCGAAUUCCCCGCUGCACGAGAGGUCGAGCUUCAUGCGUCAAACUCGCAGCUUUCUCAGAUUUCGUCCAUCGAUACUGAGCCGGUCUUGCCUGAGGUGCCUGAGGUCAUCCCGCCUUCCUUCCAGUUCUCUUCCAUUUCUUCUCUCCACUCGGAACCUGUGGAGCCCGUCAAGCCUGAGAUUAAGCCCAUCGAUCUCAACCUUUCCUCAAUUUCUUCUCUGCACUCGGAGCCUGUGGAACCUGUCAAGCCCGAGAUCAAGCCCAUCGAUCUCAAGCUUUCCUCAAUUUCUUCUCUGCACUCAGAGCCCAUUGCGCCGGCAGAGCCCGAGAUCAAGCCUGCCGAUCUCCACUUCUCUUCGAUUUCGUCUCUUCAUUCAGAGCCGGUUGCUGCGGAAGCCCCUGCCCCUCCCAAGGCUAUUCCGUCGACGCUUUCUCCCGUUUUUGGCCAGUCUGUUGAACCGGUUUCCUUGCCUCUUCCGGAGAUUUUCACGAAGCCAGCGCCGGCGCCGGUCGAACCUGUUGUCACCGAAGAAGAGCAGGCCAUUCCUUCCCUGUCCUACGCUAAUAUCUCAGCGCAAGACGUCGAGCCUGUUGCCCCCGAAGAGACCCAGAAGGCCAUUCCUUCUCUGUCCUACGCCAACAUCUCAACACAGCACGUUGAGCCAGAGGAGGCCACCAUGCCUGGACGCCUUCUGGCAGCAGAGCGCAAGGCGCCCGGCUUUGAUGAGGUUUACGAGAAUGUCAUGUCCAAGGAAACGCAUGUGGUUGCUACUCAGGAGCCCGUGGAGCGGAGCCGCUCGAUCAAGAAGGUGUCGAUGGCUGGCACGCAGACGGUGGUGUCUUCAGCUCAACUUGAUGAGCUUCUGGCCUCCAAGGAACGCGGGAUCGCCGUUGGUGCGCCCGCAGCCAUUUCCCCAAGCAAAGCCUCUUUCUCCAGCUCUAAGAAGGACGCGCCGGCAUACAAGACGGUGCGCCGUCCGACAAGCUCGCAGAGCAUGCGCAGCGCCCGCUCAGAGCCGGCGCCACCGCUUCCUGCGGACCACCGGGAGCUCAUCGCUGCCGCAACGCAAAAGACGCCUGGCUCCAUGGGUCCUCCUACGAGGCCCGCGUCUGCCAUGAAGAACCAGAACAGCUCGCACUCGUCGCAAUUCCGCCCGCGCACUCCCAACGGCAGCGCCCAUGGCAGUGUCAGGGCCACCAGCCCGCACUCUGUCAACGGCACUACGCCUCGCCCGCGCCUUCAAGCAGCUCGCAGCGAGGUCUCGUCGCCCAUCUCGCGCCGUACUUCGGUGUCGUCGUUUGCCUCGGAAGUCGACAACCGCUUCAACAUCUCUGCCAACCCGGUUGCUCGUGACGAGUACGGCCAGGCCAUCGACCCAAGGCUCGUGGCUGCGAUCACGCAAACAAUGAUUGGCGAGUUCAUGUGGAAGUAUACCCGCAAGGCUGGUCGGGAGGAGAUGUCCGUCAACAGACACAGACGUUUCUUCUGGGUGCACCCGUACACUCGCACUCUGUACUGGAGUGAUCGGGACCCGGCUACGGCAGGAAAGACGCAGCUCAAGGCAAAGAGCGUCCAGAUCGAAGACGUUCGCGUCGAGACGGACGACAACCCGUACCCUCCCGGUCUCCAUCGCAAGAGUUUGAUCGUCAUCACCCCUGGCCGCGCUGUCAAGUUUACAGCCACCACGGGUCAGCGUCACGAGACCUGGUUCAACGCGCUCUCAUACCUGCUCCUGCGCACCAACAGCGCGAACGAAGACGAGCCGGCCCCGCACGAGAAGGAAAUGACUCCGAACUCGGAUGAAGCGUCCGAGUUCAACCCUGGCCUUGCCAGGCGUAACUCCCGGCAGACUGCCCAUUCCCGCAUGUCGCUCUCUUCAUACAACAGCCGUGGCACUAGGAACUCGUCUCCUCAGCGCAGCCGCCUCGCCUCAAUUGCCAAGCGGCGAGCGGCUGAACAGCGCUCUGCAACGCUCACGCCAACCACGCCGGGCUCCGCAUCAGGCCGCUUUAGCUCGCUGAGCGGCCUCUUCCGCCCUCAGACGGCAAACUUCCGUGGAUCGUUCUCGAGCCGCAGGAGCAAGACCAGUGGACAAGACGCGUCGAUAUAUGACGCUUCGCUCGCGAACGACUCUGCGGAGGAUCUCCGCCGGACCCUUGAGGCUCAGGAAGCGGAGGCUGACAGGUUGGAGAAUGUGCGGGCAUGCUGCGAUGGUAAACACGACGUCGGCUCGCUGUCGAAGAAGCCUCACAGUCACCACCACCACCAUCACCAGCGCAAGCCGUCGCACACGCGUUCCAGCUCAUUUGGCACGAGCAUGUUCCUCGGCAGCCAGAGCGAGCUUGAUUCCAGGUCACGCAACAGCACUUCGCAUUGA